AUGGGUACAUAUAGAAAUUAUAUGAAAUUAUUAGAAUCGUGGCCUUUGGAUAAUUCUAAACCUGGCAGAGACUUAGCUCAACAUAUUCGUGAUCAAUUAAAACUUGCUUUUGCAAAGGGUGAAGCUAGUGAAGUAAAUCGUGAACAAUGUGACCGUUAUUACAAGAUUUUGAAGAAAAUUUCUUCCAAUCAUUAUGGACAAAUAAUACAUUUUCAAGACUAUUCAGGAAUUUUGUUAAGAAUGAAGUUAAUAAGUGAUAUAAUUAAUGUAUAUAAAUAUUAUGGCAUGAAAUAUCUAAAAAAGGACGUACAUUAUUUAUUUUGGACACAUAAUGAUACGAUAGAUUUAAAGAAUAGUAGAAAAUACAGCAAAAUAGCAAACAAAACUGAUAAUACUAUUAAAAAUACACCUCAUGUGCCAGUUAUGGUGAAGGAAGUAUUACAUUAUUUGGAGCCAUUACCAGGAAAAGUUUUUGUGGAUAUGACAUUUGGAGCUGGUGGGCAUUCUACAAAAAUUUUGGAAUCUUCACCUGAUGUAAAAAUAUUUGCAUUGGAUAGAGACCCUGUUGCAUAUCAACAUGCACAAAUUUUGUCAGAGAAAUAUCCUGGACAAGUAAUACCUUUAUUGGGGAGAUUUUCUGAAUUGCCACAGUUGCUUUGUAAAUAUAAGGUAAAUGUACAUACUAUAGAUGGCUUCUUGUUUGAUUUUGGUUGUUCAUCUAUGCAAUUUGAUAUUGCUGAAAGAGGAUUUUCAGUGUCAAAAGAUGGACCUUUAGAUAUGAGAAUGGAUGGAUUUAGAUGCCCAUCAGAACCUACAGCUAGUGAAGUUUUAGAGCAAAUAACAGAAACAGACUUAGCUCGUGUGUUAAGAAUUUAUGGUAAUGAAAAAUAUGCUAAAAAAAUUGCACGUGCCAUUAUAGAAGCUCGAUAUAAUUUUAGAAACUUAAAAACUACACAAGAAUUAGCUCAACUUAUUGAAUCUGUGGUUUUUGAAAGAAGACUUGAUCAACUUGGCAGACAUUCUCAUUGUGCAACAAAAACAUUUCAAGCAUUAAGAAUUUUUGUAAAUAAUGAAUUAAAUGAGAUUAACUAUGGUAUUAUUAUUGCUGGGUCAUAUUUAAAAACGAAUGGUCGUUUAAUAACAAUAUCUUUUCAUUCUCUGGAAGACACAAUCGUUAAAAGGCAUAUGUCAGGAAACAUAACAGAAACUGUAGCUAAUGUGUUACCAUUAAAAUAUUUAAAUUAUGGUAAAUAUUAUAAUUUAACUGAAAUGGAAGAAUUUAAUAAAACACCUUGGAAAAUGUUGCACAAACAUGUAAUAACACCUACACUAGAAGAAAUAAAUGUAAAUCCAAGAUCACAUUCUGCAAAAUUACGAGCUAUGUGUAAAAUAACUUAAAUUACUGUCAAAUUUUAGAGUUGACAUUAUAGAUACGAAUAAAUAUUUCCAUUUGUAUCUUUUUUUAAAUACAAAAUAAUAUUUAUUGGAUCUUUAACAAUAUAUGUACAUUGUAUCAUGUGUAAAAAAAGAAAUAAAGAGUUACAAUUUAGAGAUGCAAAAAUAUACAAAAUAUUCAAGGUAAAA